GGCGGCUGCGCGUCGACCUGGUCCGCCUGACACUCAGUCGACGGGGAGAGAGGAUGCUGCCUCCGUCAGCCUCUCUGAGGACGCCGAUGGAAGGACACGCGUGAGCCUUCUUUGUGUUUUCUCCCACUUGGACUUUUCCACAUCACCCCCCCAUGCGUGUGAGGAGCAGAGAAGACAUUAACUGGCGCCUCGUCACCGGAGUGGCGCACUUGACCGGAAUAUAGUCGCUGCUUCAAUGGCUAUAAUGGUAAAAAUGGUGGGAAUGGACGAGGACGUCUGUCUUUCUAAAGAGGAGGAAAGAUUUUACGGAUGCCUGUGAAUGUUCUAAAGUCAAAGUCACUACAUCCAUUCCAAUUCUUUGGUCUACCCGACUGGAGCCUUGGCCCUGCACCCUGAAUUUGAGUGAUUACUAAUCGCCUCCAAGGGCAAUUGCAAAGCAAGACAACAACAACAACAAAGCGAGACUCUUGGGAGUUUGGAGCAGCAGUGGAAUGUGGAGGUGGCAGGGCUGGUGAGUCAUUCACCUCAGCAGAUGCAACAAAUUAUUCAUCACUCGUGAACAGCUAAGAAUACAUUAUUUACGAGGACCAAUUUCCAACUGGAGACCAAUAUGAAGGACGUGUCAUUUGUGGAUCGUCUCUUUGUCGGCUUGGCCAUGGCCUCUUUUGUUGUGGCCGCUGACAAAAGGCCAGACUGCCCCAAACUCUGCGUAUGCGAGAAUCGACCCUGGUUCUCUCCCAGUUCCGUAUACAUGGAGGCACAGACUGUUGACUGUAAUGAUUUGGGACUAUUUAACCUGCCAGAGAAACUACCCGUGGGCACACAAGUACUGUUGCUGCAAACAAACAACGUUGCAAAAAUAGACAGACCUUUGGAUUACCUGGCCAACAUCACAGAGAUUGAUUUAUCGCAAAAUAACAUCUCAUCCACGAGCGACGUCAAUUUGGGGAUUCUGCCUCAGCUCCUGUCCCUACAUAUGGAAGAGAACCGAAUACAAGAGCUGCCCGACCGAUGUCUGGCGGAGGUGGCAAAUCUCCAAGAGCUCUAUCUAAAUCACAACCUCAUUUCUUCAAUUUCCAAAGCUGCUUUCCAGGGUCUCGGCAAGCUUCUUCGGCUCCAUCUCAAUUCAAACAAGCUGAAAGUCAUUCACAGAGAGUGGUUCGACCCUAUGCCAAGCCUGGAGAUUCUAAUGAUUGGUGAGAAUCCCGUGCUGUCCAUCGACGAAAUGAAUUUCAAACCUCUCAGCAGUCUCCGCAGUCUUGUUCUCACCAGAAUGAACCUGUCUCAGCUCCCUGACAACGCUUUGGUCGGCCUCGAUAACCUCGAAAGCAUCUCCUUCUAUGAUAAUACGUUCCCUGAGGUGCCACACUCUGCCCUGAAAAAUGCAAAAAACCUUAAGUUUUUAGAUCUGAAUAAAAACCCAAUUGCCAGAAUACAGCGAGGGGAUUUCGUGGACAUGCUCCAUUUAAAAGAGCUAGGGAUUAAUAGCAUGCCAGAGCUCGUUUCUAUCGACAGCUUUGCCCUCAAUAAUCUGCCCGAGCUGACUAAAAUAGAAGCUACCAACAACCCGAAACUCUCCUACAUUCACCCUAAUGCUUUCUACAAACUGCCACGGCUGGAAACACUAAUGCUAAACGGCAACGCACUGAGUGCCCUCCACAGAAUUACCAUCGAAUCGCUCCCGAACCUCAGAGAAGUUAGCAUGCACAGCAACCCCAUUCGCUGUGACUGCGUGGUACGCUGGAUGAACAUGAACAAGACCAACAUUCGCUUCAUGGAGCCCGACUCGCUGUACUGCGUCGAGCCUCCGGAGUACGAGGGCCAACAUGUCCGACAGGUGCACUUCAGGGAGAUGAUGGAGAUUUGUCUGCCACUCAUAUCACCGGAAAGCAUGCCCGGCCAUAUCAAAGUACGCAGCAGGAGCUCCGUGUCGCUCCAUUGCCGGGCCUUUGCCGAACCAGAGCCGGAGAUCUACUGGAUCACUCCGUCUGGGAAUAAAGUGAUGCCCAACACCGUAUCCGACAAGUUCUACAUGCACCCAGAGGGAACGUUCGACAUCUACGACGUCACUGAAAAAGAAGCCGGUCCUUACACUUGUGUAGCCCACAACCUGGUUGGAGCGGAUCUGAAAUCAGUUUCGAUCGAGGUCAACGGUUAUUUCCCACAACCUACAAACGGUUCUCUCGAUGUCAAGGUCAAGUCAGUGAAGACGAAUGCCAUCCUGCUUUGGUGGAAGGCGAGCCCGGGCACUCUAGCUCCCAGUAUUAAGUGGUACACCCUGUCAAGCGCGAACCAUCCCGCCGCUUCAUUUUCCACCAGGGUGCCCUCUGACGUCCAAAUCUACAACCUUACUCAUCUAAGCCCUGCCACUCAGUAUAUAGUUUGCGUGGAUGUCCGCAGUAUCCACUACAAGCACGACACCAAAUGUGUCAAUGUCACCACCAAGGGAUUAGAGCUCACAGCCAAGGACACAGAAAAAUGGGACACGGCACUAAUCACAUCCUUUGGUGUGCUCCUAGCUGGGAUUUCAGUGGGCUGUCUGCUUAUAUAUGCGUCUCUGCGGAUCCACCAACUUAAUGGGGAUUUAAGGAAAUGCGACUCCAAAGCCUUGCUGUUACCAGUGGAAGCUACCGGUGAUCGCCCUUCUUUUACCAAGCUGUGCUUUUCAGGGAGGCCGCUUCCGAGUGGCGUGGAAGUGAAAGCCACAGUCAUAAACGUGUCGGACAAUGCUUUUUAAGAAGCUACACUAAUUGGACACGACUACAGGCAGGGGUGGACAACAAUGCUAUACUGUUUUAAAGCUAAACCCAUUGUUGAGCUUCGGAUCAGAUACUCUGGCAAGACCAUUACCGGACUGGGAUAGAACAGUGCCAACUCCCAAUUGCUGCUUUCCCAGUUUCAACCCCAGCUGAUGGGGUGGCUUUGUAACUGCGACUUCAAACAAAGCGUACAUCGACCAGAUGGGGCACUUUCUGCCAGAAGAUACAUUUUAGUUUGGUUCGUGCAGAAACAGGCGCUGGAAUGAGAGUUAAUAUUCGAUGGGGAGGAAAAUCAAGACAAGGAGGGCCCGCUCUCUUGUAACUGACUGUUCAAUUUGUCCUGAGUUGUGGAAAUGUCUGUGUGGUCCCAAGCAAUACCGUCUGUGCUUUGUCAAACAUCCAUAGACGAGUUAGCGAAACAGUAUUAACACCUGUCUAUACAGAGGAAGGAGAUUUAGUAGAGUAGACGAAUAACAGUGAACUACGGUGUAAAGCCUUUUGAUGAACCAUCCCCCUCCCCCUUUUUUCUAUUUAAACGGAAUCCUCGAUUUUUCAUGGAAAUAUUGUUAUAUAUUCUAUUAUGUUAACGUCACCACAAAUCCUCUGUAUCACAGCAGUUUAAAUAAUUGGCUUUAAAUGAAGGCAAGCGGCAGACUUUGAUUACAACAUUAUGUUAUGCUUAAUGGAAUCCUGCUACAAAAUGGCUAUCUUGAGAGGAAAUUCUGCAUCGUUCUCCUUUCUUACGAUGAUUGGGGGGAAACGUGGAUACAACAAGUACAAAGCUAAGGUGGUUGCUGUCCUGUGGCUUAAAAAAAAAAAGAAAAAAAAAAAAGUCAUUUGGUAUGCCCUGGUAAGUGCCUAAAAGAACUACAUACGGUUGGGAAAAUAAAAGGAAUUUGUCAAUUGCAGCAAAAAAAAAAAAAAAAAAAAAGACAAAAAAAACCACAUGACUAUGUUAUCAUUGCAGAUGUGAAGAAUACCCUGUCAGUAUUUUUAGCAAACAUAUUUUAAAAAUAUUUCGUUGUUGCUUUGGGUGUAAAGUUAAAAGCCAUUUUUAUAUUAUAACUGUUCUAUAUGUGAUCUACGGGCACAACAGACUAAUUAAGCAAAGUGCUAAGAAAAAAAAUAAUAAAUGUAAUUGUUUCUUUUACAGACAACUGCGAAUGUUUGCUUUUUUUGCCACUAGCUGUCAGAAUCCUAUCAACUGCUUUUUGAAGGGUGCAUUUAAAGUGUCUGUGACACCAUAAAACAAAUCUUAAAUAGCAUUAUUAUGAGAAUUAAAAUCAUAUUUUAAGACAAUUAGACUACCCGUCAUUAUGGUGCUCUGGCGCCGCCAUCAGGGUGAGGAUGUCGGCAGAGUAAUGAUUUCAGCUGAUUUCCAAUUCAGCCCAAUGGAGGAGGAAGAUUCAGAACCCGGAAAAUGCGACAGACAGCAACAAAACAUCAUCGUAUUUAUCUCUCUACUCCAUUAUUUUUUACAUGAUAUUAUACAGUAUUUUCCCCAAUUGCUUAAUAAAUUGUAUGGUCAUGACAAAAAAAAAAAAAAAAAAGUCUUGUGCUAAAUGAUAUUAAAAAUAUAUAUUCUAGGGCUGUCAAACGAUUAAAAUUUUUAAUCGACUUAAUUACAGCUUAAAAAUUCAUUAAUCGUAAUAAAUCGCAAUUCAAGCCAUCUAUGAAAUAUGCAAUAUUUUUCUGUAAAUUAUAGUUGGAAUGGAAAGACACAAGACGGAUAUAUACAUUCAACAUACGGUACAUAAGUACUAUAUUUGUUUAUUAUAACAAUAAAUCAACAAGAUUGCAUUAACAUUAUUAACAUUCUGUUAAAGCAAUCCAUGGAUAGAAAGACUUGUACUUCUUAAGAGAUAAAUGUUAGUACAAGUUAUAUAAAUUUUAUAUUAAAACCCCUCUUAAUGUUUUCGUCUUAAUAAAGUUUGUAAAAUGUUCAAUCAAAAAAUAAAUUAGUAGCUCGCCAUUGUUGAUGUCAAUAAUAAUUAUGGUGCUGAAACCCAUAAAAUCAGCCGCACCCAAGCGCCAGCAGAGGGCGGCAAAACACCAAAAAACACAAGUAACAAGUGGAAAUGACACUUUGCUGUCAUUUUAAAUGUUUGAGCAGGGCAUGUGCGUUAAAUGCGUCAAAUAUUUUAACGUGAUUAAUUUAAAAAAUUAGUUAACGCCGGUUAACGCGAUAAUUUUGACAGCCCUAAUAUAUUCAGUACGACAGGGCUACAGUACUGCAUAAUGGUCAACACAGCCGAUUUCUUAAACCUCCCAUACGGUAUUCUAUGCCACCGGAGUUAGUCCGGCUUUUGUCAUUUCCCUGCCCUGGCGUCGGAGACUGAGGAGUGUAAACAAAGCAGGUGGCGUGAGAGCCAGUCGACAUGUUAACCCAUGGGUGUCAAACUGAUUCCACAAAGGGCAGCAGUGGGUCCUGGACUUUGCUCCAACAGAUCCAGCACAGACAGUUCAACCAAUGAGUUUUCUGCUAAAAUAAGUAGCACCUGACUGUAAUCAACCAAUUACACUUGUAAGACACCAGAUUGGUAAAAAAUAAUUCAUCUUGUUUGGUCGGAAUGAAAUCCAGUCCCCACUGUGGCCCUUUGAGGACCGGUUUGACAACUGUGUGCUAACUCGAGCAGAGCAGCUCUUCAAAGUCUUUUUCUCGCCUUUGGAAAACUAAAAAUCAUACAAUACUACCCCGACUCAUGUCACACACGGCGGCGGGAGUAAUGGUCUUCACCCUAGUCCCUAGCAGCGAGCAAGUUUCGGCUCGCUGUUCUGCUGUGGCCCCGGCAGGCAGGCAGUGCUCAUCGCUGGGGAUGCAGAGGGGAAUGAAGGCCGAAAAUGGCGCAUUCUCGGUGGACAAACUGGACAAGGUCAGACCGCGUGGCUUCCCAAGCCCAAGCAGAGUAUAGCGCUCUCUAAGCGGACACGUGAAGAGGACGCAGGGGUUGGAAGUAAGCCUGAACGAUAUAUCGUUUAAACAUCGCCAUCACGAUGUGCGCAUGCGCGAUAGUCCCAUUGCAAGGACGUGCGAUAGUUUAAAAAAAAAAAAAAAAAAAAUUCCAAUCCACAAACCUUUGUUCUGCUUCAUUCGCUCGCACAGCCUCCCUCAUCCCUCUCCCAGCUCUAAGUCACUGCGGCACUUGCUUAUUAAAGUUAACGAUGGCUUUGAUCUGGCCAAAGAAGCUGACUUCACACGGGCAAUCUGUCAAUCAUCAUUUAACAGUUUCUGCAAGGAAGCGCGGGCUAGAAUGAAUGUGUGUGUCUGUGGGGGGAAGGGGGGUGAUGUGGAGACGUUCGAGACAUAUAAAAUAAACGCCAUAAGUGAUUAUGAGGAGUUUGUAAUUUCUACAUGUCACUCCAAGAGUCACAGCCAUGUUUGGUAAACAGAUGCAUUUAACAAAGCCAAGCCUUUUUCUGCUACAGUACUUAAUUCUUCUCUAUUCUUAUCAUAAUUAUUACAUUUGAAGUGCUCAAAAAGCAUUUAUUAAUAUAUAUACAUAUAUAUACACAUUUGUAAAAAUCAUACUUUGGGGGAAAAAAGUGAGAAAAAACAUGUCAUAUGUAUCUCUUAUAAUUUUUUUUUUUUUUAACUCAUUCACUCCCAGCCAUUUUCAACCAGAGCACCUUCGCUCCCGGCCGUUUUUCUGGAUUUUGACUGAUUUUGCAAGGCCCACAGAAAAUUCUGUUCUAUUGCUAUAUAAACAUAGAACCCACCAAAAGAAAGAUUAGACUCUCUUCUUUCAGCAGAAAAAAAAACUUUUUCCAUUCUUUCGAAAUCAGCAUUAGAAAAUAGCUUAGUUUGAGCAAUUUUCCGAUUUCUGAUGAAAAAACGGAGAAAAUGAGCUUUUUGUAAACGCAUACAUUUCAAACAUAAUUUUAACACAGCUAUUUUUUGCAUUAGUUACAUCCCAAACAUCUCAAUAAUGUUUUCCUUUUACAAAAUAUAAUAAGACAAAUAGAGCUUUUGAUAGCAAAGUAACAAUUUGUUUACACAUGACUACUGAGAGAUGACGCCUGUUGUCACCCAGAUAAUGCCGUUGUCGGCGUGUCUGCCGUGUAAACUAUUCCCUCAUCGUUGUCUGUCUCACAAAGAUGGAUUAUUUUUAGAGGUGGACGAUAAUUAUCGGUCCGAUAAUAGGAAUUAUGACGUCAUCCCAACAAAUCCGGUUACAUAAUAUAUUAUCAGCCCUAUUAAUAAUAUUUUUGGCACGGUGUCGGAAUGGGAUUUGUGCGUUUGUUUCCACUCCUGUUUUUCCAGUAUCCAAAGUUUUGUUACUGUCUUUGUUUGUUCAUUAUAAUAAUGUUCAUGUCAUCAUGAAAAUUCUGGUUCGGUCAAAGGCAAAUCUAAGCAGAAUCAACCACUAGUAUUUUUGACCUACAGGUCUUCAAAAACUCAGGUGAAUACACAUUGAAAAAUUAUAUAUAUAUUAUCGUUUAUCGUAUCGGUAUCGGCCUUGAGGAGCAGGAAGUUAUCGAUAUCGGUUUCAAAAAAUGAUUAUCGUGCACCCCUAAUUAUUUUUGAAUCUCUGCGGGGUCUGCUUGGCGAGCUCGCUGCGCGGUGGUCUCAGUCGUUUUGCUCGGUCGUCCAGGCGUACUCUCGGUUGUUUUGUCCAGUCGUCUGCCGCCUGGCAUACUGCUGCCAGCGCUCUGACCGUGCUGCCCGGGCUUUCAUUGCUGUUGAAUCGGGUGGCGGGUCUUUACAAAAUGCGCUACUGCCCUCCAGUGGCCAGUUUUAUUGCUUUAAAAUGGGUUUGGAGCCUUGUUUUUUGUUUCUCAGAUAGAUCACAAGAUAUAGAUUCUUCUUGUAUAAAAAAAAACAAACAAAAAAACGCAAAAGACGUAUACGUUUUUGGGACAACAAAGCAUUGAAAAAUAGAACAUAUUUAUACGUUUCUGGGAGCAAAUGAGUUAAUAUCGCAAUAUAAUAUCGCAAUAUAUCGCAAACCCCCCCAAAAAUCGCAGCAAUAGUUUUUUCCAAUAUCGUUCAGGCCUAGUUGGAAGUCUCGACACAAUGGAGAACCUGGACACAAGAGCGGGGGGCUUCCCGGGCCUAAGCCAAGGAUAGCGCUAAAUAGGCGGGCACGCCUUUAUCCGCCGGGGACUAUGGUGUGCGACAAGCCACCGGUCAGGGUGGCUGGACAGGGAGCAUUGUCACCCACAAAAUGCAAGCCACCUCCUUAUUAAGUCCCAGUAUUUUACAUUACAUAAAACACGUAGCUUGUUCACUUUGUCAUCCGUCCAAUGGUCUGUAGAUUGUCGGAGUUGUUUUGCCCAUUCUUCAGUAUCUUUUGGAAAUCUGAAAAGCCUCAUACCACUCUCCCAGGUGUAGCAACAAAAGCCUGCAGCGCAUUGGGCUGCCGUGACAUGUCACAGGCACUUUAAGAUCUUUUGCAGUACACAAUGAAGCGUUAUGCGAAUGUCUAUCUUUCGAAGCUGACCGUAAAAGCAGAAAGCGCCGUGCUUAGUCAGGGACAAAACGUUCCUGAAGUCUAAAAAGCACCAGGACUCGCAUUUGAACGGGCCCACUGAAUUAUCCGGAGCGUUUCGUACGAGAAAGUCAAGCAUGAUGAAUGGCUGUCAGGCUCAGAGUGACGUUGUGGAUUUAUCAAACUGGGCUCGGCGCUCGUACGUCAGCCCCAGCCUUCGGCGGCACGGACAAAGGCUUUUAGAGGCGAGUCGUCUGUCAAAGACAAAGGGAGUUAAAAUAUGAGACGGCCGACUCCUCAGGUAAAAUUUCAUUGGAUUACGGUCAAGCACAAACACAGCAAGCUCGACUUGCGAGAUGAUCGUUUCAAACAAACAAGUCCUCAAAUAAUCGAGGCAGUCUUUCCGUAAGUAAACUGCGUGUCGUCUGAAUCUCAUUUAUCUUCCUGUCGCUCCGAAUCUCACGCAAAUCGUCACAUUCGGGCAUUCCUCGACACACUCCCGACAUUGGCAGGCACAUAAUCACUGGCGGUUGUUUUAUCUCCUUCCAAUAUUUACAGUCAUUGCAACCUAUAAUAAUAAUUAAAAAAAAAAAAUUAAAAAAAAAACCUCUCUGGAUUAGACUUAAAUCCUACAUGAAAAGAACCAGAGAGCAGUCAACAUUUAAUCCGCUGCCAGGACGGGAAAAAUGAUGCUUCUUUCUGCAUCUCUAGUUAUUUUAAACAGUGUUAUUUUUAAAAACAAAUCUGCACUGAGGCUGAUAUUAAUGUGACAGCAAAAGAUUUAUUUCAAUUUUACACAUACGCUUGUCAGAAGGCCUGCGAACGGGUACAACUCCACCGCAAAAAUUGAUCGACGAACGACUUGCUGAUUUCAGUGGUUUGUGAUCCGCAAGAAAUACAUUUAAAUGUCUGCGGGAGGGCUCUAUCUCUAUAUCAAAUAGCUCGUCUAUGAAAUUGUUUUAUUCAAACGGCCUAAUUUCCUAGAUUAAUGUCUUUUCAAGCACCGCUUGCUUAAAAUCUGAUAGCGCUGCGCAAGACGCAAACGGCGUCGGAGGCAGCUGCGGGCACUUUUCUACGUUUGAAUUAUAAGAUUAUUCAAGUAACAAAAUUCCUCGUAGGUCAGCUGGCGUAGCUACGGGCGCCCACGUUCCGACGAGAAGUGAAAUGUCAACACGCAUUUGCAGUCCUGCUGCUCUCACCAUUGCUGGCUUGUAAGAGGCCUUUAUGGGCAGAGGAACAAACAGAUGACCUAUGAAUCCCAAUAACAAAGCGCCGAUUGCUUUUAACGGCAUAGUAAAAAUGGAUUGGCCUCAUGGAGCCAUAUACUUUUAAACAUGUACAGUAUAUUUACACAUCAACACAAUCUGAUAUUGAUUAAAGUAAACCUUUGGCAGGAGCGCGAUGGCGCUGAUUUACUAAGACCCUCAAUAGCGUGUGCUAAAUUGGGUGUUCGCUAACAAAUUGCACGUGCAAUUGGCAACAGAUGUAGAAAGUGCUUUACGUAGCAUUCGUGGUUUUUACAAUGAAGCAUUUGGAAGAGCAACAGAAGCAUAAAAUUAAUUGAAAAGCACUUUGGAAAACAACUGCUGUUGAAAGCAAAUGCUGUACAUAAAUUAAUAGGUGAAACUGUUACAAGUAUCAGGAGUGUUAUUGCCAUGGGUUGGGGGGCAUUUGCGGGCAAACUCCACCUCAAAAAAGGAGGGUAAAAUAAAAUGGGGCGGCAACCUAGAGGUUGUGGGUUCGAUUCUCCGCCUUGAUGACCUCGUCUAAGUAUCCUUGAGCAAGAUACUGAACCCCAUUUUGCUUCUGGUGCUGCGCCACCAAUAUGUAACCCUUUAGGUACCCUUAAAUACCCCCAAACCUGAAAAUAACUAUCCAAAAACAUGUAUUAUAUGUCACUGUACCAUCUUCUCCAAGACGCUGGAGCAAAGUCCUAGCAAGACAGCGAGGUAAGCUCCGAUAUGACGAUGACAGACGUCCGUGUGGUUUGCCGACUUUAUUCAGCUGCUCGUGAAAUCAACACUUGCAGAACUAAAAUAAAAAUGAAAUCUGUUUUAUCUUCAAUAACACCAGCAAUAACAAUCUACAGAAAGGAUUAGCAUGUAUCAGUUAGUGUUCGCACAUCGUCAUAAACAAUCACAUAAACUCAACCUAAAUGGCGUACCGCAAGCAACACGUUACUUUUGCUGAUUAAUAUUCAUGACUUUAGCAAUUGUUGCUAGGUGGGUCAACCUGCCUUUUGUCACUAAUAGUAAAUUAAUGUAAAUAGCGUACGAACGAGAUGUUUACUGAGGUAAACCUAACAAUUAUAUCCGAAAAUGAUGUCCCUGGUGCCAAAUUCAUUGGUAAAGAUGUGGAAGAACAUACAAAUGUUCAGUUAAAGAGAUGGCUUGAGUGUCGAGGGCUAAAAAAGAUCCUUUUUUAUUGCCUUACGCCACUGACAAUGACAUUCUCCUGUUUCAAUGAUAUAUCAUUUACCACCAUAUACCCUUUCUUUCUUAUAUAUUAUAUCCUCUGGUUGUCUUACAUCUCUGAUCGUUCUACGGGGCAAUUUACAUUGCUAUUUUUGUGUGGCAAUCGGAAUGCUACUCAGUGACAGCCAACGAACACUUUUCAUUUUUUUUAUUUAUAUCAAAUCUUAAUUCUAUAAUUUAUUUACACUUCCCCCUUACUAAAAAUGUUUUCUUUACAACAGAAAAGGUAAUAGUGGCAGUCAGAUACCAUUUUUUUUUUUUUUCAGGUCAUUCAUUGUCGGACAGAAGCAGCAUGGCAAAACGCCACGCUAAAAAAUACUGUAGGCAAAAAUAUCAAAAUGGCUUACUUCUUUGUCCUCUGGAGGACCAUGGCCUCCAACAAAAUGUUUACUGCAUAUGAAAUGUGAAUGGCUUCACCUUGCUGGCGUUAAACUAGUCUUUUGGACGUCCGGGCAAGGGUAUCCAUUCUUCACAUUUUUUCCCCCUCAGAGUUUUUGGUUUCGGGAAACGUAUGAAGAAAACAUCCUCCAUAUGUCGUAAUGUCUAGAGGCGUUUCUACAAGUUCCAUAGCAGCAGUAUUUGAUCGGCAUGUUCUUUUUUGAAAGAUUACCGGAGAAAAAGAGCAGAAAUAACAUGGAUUGUAUGCAAGGGCGUGUCUAUGAUGUCCCACUUCCGAUUACUAUGGCGAUGUCACGGUCUAAAAAUAGCAUUGGUGCGGUACGCUAUUGAAACACCUACAAGAAACAGUACAAAAGGUGUUAUAUACAGGUGUUCCCUUCGUGGAUGCUUCGCAAGCAAGAAAUGUGCGCACAGGCUUGCAGGUUUUCCCCUCCCUCUCACUCGGCUGGCCGACUUCUUCCUUGGAACAAACGUGCUGUUCUUCGUGUGCGCCAGUAUUGUUUCCGUCAACGAUGACAAUAACAAAAAGAUUUUGUCGACCAACAAUUUUUCAUGACGAUGACGAGCUAAAAAUAUGUUUUGGGAGACUAAAACAUCACGAGAUGAAUGCCUGUUUUCGUCUGACGAGACGAGAACGACAUGAAAAUGCGCCAUAGUUUCCGUCAGAGCAGUUGCAUCGUAGCAGUGUUUGGUCACUCAUGUGAGAUACUGAACCACCCCCCGAUCCACACACACACACUUACUCACCGGUGUCCUCUCCAGGCUCUAGACUUGCCUUUUUUCGAACACAUGUCAGGUGCUGCUUGGUAAGUGUUUUCUUGUCUUAGCUAGAUAUGCCAUGUUGCUUUAGCCUUUAAAUGUCUGUGCACACGCUAAAUGUAACUUGUAGCAUUAGCAUAGCGUUGAUGUUAGCAUCAGUGUUGUUUUUGGCAGCCAUAUUAAUUUUUGUCUUAGUCUUUUGGACGAAAAUGCUUAUUAGUCUUAGUCAUAUUUUAGUCAUUUCAAAAUGUGUUCGUCUUCGUCGCGCUUUAGUCAACGAAAACUAGUUGUAGUCGAGAAAUUUAUAAAUGUUUUCAUCUAUAAACUUCAAAAGUUUUAGUCCAGGAAUAAAUAAAGGUAUCCAACAAUUUGGAACAUGACAGACGAGCACAUGACUUGAGUUUACAAGGAUAUCACAUGAUGAUAAUGUACUCUCAGCAGGAAAACAGCAAAAUAUUUGCAAUUAAUUAAACUCACCUGGAUGCCACGAACGGUAUGUAAAAUGUUUUCGAAGAGUUUAGGAAGACACAGAGUCCCCGCCCUAAAUGCUAAUACUAACGCUAUGCUAACACUUCAUGUUAGUUUAGUGUGUGAUGUUCACGUCACAUGAGUGACACGACCAAAUACUGCUAAGUGCGUUCUUACUACACAUACAAUAAGAAAAUAUCACACAUUGUUAAUUUAUGAUGGAAACUAUGGCGAACUUGCAUCUCGUUCUCACGUCGUCAGACCACAACUGGCAUCCAUCUCGUUAUGAUUUAGUCUCCCAAGACAAGUUUUCAGCGCGUCAUUAAAAAUUGUUCGUUGACGAAAUAUGUUCGUUAUCAUUAUCGUUGACGAAAACAACACUGGUUAGCAUGAAAUAUUGGGUGACCAAACAUACUCUUUUGCCCGGACAUGUCCACUUUUUACAUCCUGUCCGGUGCGUCUGGCGGGGUUUUAUAAAUUUAUGAAAAUUUUUCUUUUUUUGACUGACAAUUUGCACAGAAUACUACUGUACUGUGCUGCAUGUGACAUGUUCCCAAAGAGCCUGCCCAGUUGUUAAGACUUGUGUUCAGUGCGUAUAUAAUCAAAUGCUCAUGUACCUAAAAGUGAACUUAAGUCAAAAAUACCUUUAUUCUACUUUAGAUACAAAUUUGCGCAUGUGUGCGCAGUCACAGACUGGCUUUAUCAUGGCGUCAACUGUCAAUUCUCAUUCACAAACAAACCUUUGUGAGUCGUGACGACAGGAGCUCACAGGCUAUCGGUAAGUACACUUGCUAAACUUACAUUUCGGCAACUGUUGACUUUUGUCGGAGCUUUGUACUGUUGUGAUGUGUAAAAUCCCGUUUGGUGUCGCAUCGUUACGCUGCCGACGAUUGUUAACUUUCAUAGCAAUGUUUGAUUUUUACCUUGGCCACCGGUGCUAGCUGUCAGUGAGGUAAGCCGCGAUAGGCAUUGUGGGAUAAUGCAGUUUUGAAGUGCUGCUUGAGUCUUGAAGCUACGGUUUAAUUUACAUUAUUUCACUCGAAUGAGAAAUUAGCUUUUUGUUAAAGCUGGAUUUUCUACAGAAGAGGUAUUAUGAGAACAUUGUUUCAGAUUACUUGCACAGUAAGACUUGAAAAGACAGCUAUACUUUUUGUUCAAGGAUUCAAGGAUUUGCCAAUACAAAAGAGGCAUUUUUUAAUCAAUAUUUAAGCAAGUGUUUUUUAUUUGCAUUAUUUUAGGAAUAACAAACCCUGUUUGGUAACCUCUGUGAAUUUGAAUUUGUGUCUUUGGUUAUGUAUAGGGAUGGGAAUCAAGAACCGGUUCCUAUAGAAACCCGGUUCCGCGCAUUUCAAUGCCAUGGAAUCGAAAGGCAGUUUAUCCAACGAUUCUCUUAUAGAUUCUAAGCAGCACGAAUUAAUAUAUGUAAUUUAUGCAUGUUACACUCACUCGAGUCAGCAAUUAAGACUACAUGAUCAUAUAAAGAGGGUCCCCUCACCAAAUACAUUCUGGAAAACUAUCGCCAAUUGAAUUAGCAUUAGUUUACAAAGGCCAGGUCAUUAUUCAUGAGACUACAUAGAGAAAUGGUGAUUUUUCCACAAAAGUCUAUUAAUGGUUCUAUCGUAUUCCUCGUCGAACACUCUAUAAUACAACAUAUAUGCAUCUAAAAUAAUCCUAAAUUAUUUUAUUAGCAAUUUUAACACUCAUUUCGGUUGGUAGGCCACCAAUCAAUGUUUUUUUCGGAAUCAUUUGAAUUUGCUGGGUCGCAGGGCCAAUGUGACUACUGAUUUCCCGCAAAAGUAUAUACCUCUGCAUCCGACGGUGGUGUUUUUGUGUUGCUACGACUACCGGAAAUGCAUAUUCCAAAUUACUUCCCUAAAUGCACCUGACGACUCCAGCCAAUCGGCGUAUUUUCGCCUGUAAUUGAAGACAGGAUGGUCCCAUUGGUCCCAAACCACUUUUAUUCGACUCAGUAUCAAAAGGUCUUUGCUUAGAGUACCCCAACUAUGUCUAGGAAAAAAUCCAAGUUAAUGGAGGAUUGUGCUAAAAUUCCUCUUAUAUUGUAUGAGACCCAACUGUCCUUAUGUAAUUACACCAACCUAGUUAUACAUUUGUUAAAGAAGUCCCAGAGAAUUCUGGUACUCGUACUAGUCCCAAACAAUGGCCGAUAUGGCCUCUCCCCCGGAAAACCCAAAGGUGCCAAAAAUGACCCAAGUGUUUUUGAAUUGACAAAUCGUUGUCGGACAGACAACAGCCGUUCAUAGGGAAAUGCAACCACUAGACAUACAUUAACUUCAGACACAAUGACCACAAUCCAUUCUCCAUGCCUCUGAUUCAGUCCUUCUAAACUAUCGACACAAUUCCUGCUUUACACUCAAAUUGCAGUUCUAAAACACUUUUUUUUCUUCUUCAAAACAAUGGGCCAUUCUUUCUGUCGUUAUGUGUGGAGUACAGGAGAAGUGAAUUAAAAAAUGUGUAAAAUAUGUCAAAUUUCCUAAAUAAAUAAUUAAAUAAAUGUAGCUUGACUUAACUGACAAAAACUAUCACGAGUCACGAAGGAGAGGCCAAAUCGGCCAUUGCUAGGGAAUAUUAGGAGUGUUUGUCUUGGGAAAGGCCAAGUCGGCCUCUGCUGGGUUUUCUAGUGUUAAUAUUUGGGACAACAAAAGAGAUACUCUGCCCCUGCUGUCCUGAUGUCCUUUUAAAAAGGAGGAUUUUUUUAUUUCUAUGAGAAAAAUGUUUCAGUAAAAUGUUACACAUUCUUGUCUAUUUGCCACAGUUACAUAUUGCCACAGUUAACAUCGAGGCUUUGGGCUUCUUUUGACCUCGUUGUGAGUUUUUAAGGUUGUGACUUCUGAUUAAACAAACUAGAUGCCAAUCAAAAUAUUUGUUCUUUUUCCAAAAUUAGAAUUGAUAAGCGAAUCGGUUAAGCAGUAUCAAUAAUGGAAUCGGAAUGGUAAAAAUCGUAUCAAUUCCCAUCCCUAGUUAUAUAGCUAAUAUUUUUUAUAAACUGAUUUUUUUCUAUCCAGACAGAGGAAGCACAUCUUUGAGUAAACUUCAAGUAAAAUUUAAGUAUCUUGUGGCCGGGCCGAGUGUCCUCUUUUUUGGAAAUCAAAACAUGGUCACCCUAACGUAAUACAACAAUUAAGUUCAAAGUGAUGGAAUUGAAAGUGAUAACGGAACAGAAAAAUAUUAUGAAGUGGCAGAAAAUCUAUCACGCUGAUAAAUUUGGGGAAACUUGGGACAGCACGCUAAAAAUAGCUCUUGGAAAAGCUAGCGCCAGUGUGCAGAUAUGACCGAGAUGCAAGGAAAUUCAGAGUAGAAGGCAGUUUUCUCAUCAGUAAUUGGCUCCACGUCAGCCCUUAGAUCAUUCAAAAGCCCCAAAAUUGCUUUUGCUGACUCGGUUACGUCGCGGUCAUUUUUGAAGGCACUUCAAAAAUGUUGACGCGUUGAGACGGGACAAAGACCUUCAAAAUGUGGUCUCCAAACCAGUCUGGGCAGGCAAGUUGGUUUCAGGUUUUAUAAAUCACAGAAGUUGCGCAAGAUGUAUGUAUUUGCAUACAUUCCUCGGUAAUAUAUCGCAAAACUGCUUUGCAGUCACUAAAUCAGCUUCCACAUCAGUUUGCAUACACAAACCUUAUGUAAAUCCGACCCUCCCGCAAAUGUGCUCACUGCACUUUGAUUGCAAACAUACAAUGCAGUGUAUAUCCAGAAAAGUAGAGACAGGCUGUCGCGGCAGAUUUGUCACAGCUCAUCAAAAAUCCACUGGGGGCUAUGCGCGUCUCUGUUAGCUCGGUCCUCUUAAGUGUCUACCUUUGCAUAAAUAUUACUCGCAACCUGUCAACAUGCAGAUGAAAAUGACAACGCCUUUUAGCCACCUCCACUUGGCUGUCACACACUCAGCAUCCGCGCGCAUAUUCGCCAUUAGCACACUAACCCACAGAUCCAUUUUUAACCCGAGAUAGACACGUGCCUGCGACAGGCGGUGAUUCAAAGCCAAUGCAAAUAAGAGGUUUCUCGAAGUAGGUGAACAUAUUGAUGGAACCAUAGAGGGUAAAGAUAGAAAAAAAGGAAAAACAAGAUUGAAUGUAGCGAUGAUAUUACUCCGCGGAGGGCUUUUCCACUAAUUGGAAGCUCCGUUCUUGAACACACGAUGGCUGUGCCUGGCUUUUAAUAGAUUACCGCCUGCCUUUGUUUCACAUGCGAUGUCCUCCGUGACGUGGGCGCGCCGAGCCCGACUCUGGGUCGGAUCAAUGUGGCGACUAAUGAGCAAUGCUCAUGAGCGUGCUCAAAUCAUGAUUAAUGAGGAUUAGGUCUAAAGAUGAGGAGGGGCGGAAAUUGUUGCUCCUAACUUGGCGUCAAAUAUAUGGAUGUGCUCCUCGCUGUAGGUUGCGCUGUGGCGGCUUGCGUCGGCCUCAUUAGCGCCGAGGAGGCUGAUAUUCAUCAUCAGUGAAUAUUAAAGUCUUGUUGUGAAUCAGCAGUAAAACCAGUGACAGCAAGUACCUCUAUUUAUACCUUAUGCGGAGAGGUUUAUGCAACACUGGAUAUGGAGUCAGAAGUAUAAGCAAAUUUUUGUCCUUAAUUUGGGCUAAACUCCCACCUAAGAAACGUUCACUUCAAAUUUCGCAACCUAGAUUUUUUCAUAGAAACAUUGAGAAAUUAUCUGAGCAGCGUAGGGUCGGUUGCCGACGGGCUUACACUCAAAAGGGAUUCACACGAUUACUGGUUUUUAGAUCACACAGCUGAUUUGUGUAAACAUUCCACCCCUUUCAAUCACUUAUCUUAUAGACUCACCCACUUUCUUUCCCUGGUCAAUAGGCCCCCCACAUGGUGUCAACCGGAAAUACAACUAGCUGACGAUAGCACCAACAUAUUCCGAGUUAGUGUUGGCGUUCAAUGUAUUUUUUGUUGUUGUUUGUGUUUUUUCUUCUGCCCCCCCCCCC